AUGGACCGAACAUCUCGUCGGCCAUCAUCUAUGGCGUCUUUCAUGCCAGAAGCUGCCUAUGCGUCGCCGGUAUCAGCAACAUCAUCCCAGGGGCGGGGAUUCCCGGCGACGGUUGGGCUUGGUAUCUCUGGGCUUGAAGAUUCCUAUGAUCCUAUGACGGGUUACUCCAGUCAAUUACCUUUCUCUGCAAAUUCUGCCACACCAAAUAACCUCACAUCGACCGAGAAUUUCUACAUUCUGCCUUUAGACGCCGACGACUUUUGUGGCAGGUCGUGCUUCGAGAUCUACAAUGGCAUUCCGGAUCCUUCGCAAUCCUCGCUCGGUUUUUACGAUACUCAGCCUGUGAGCCUGGCCCACGGCUAUGAGCCUGUAAUGGAGGUUGAUGCCGGCCAUGGCAUGUUUCCGAGACAAAUGAAUGGCAUGCCGGGGAUCUGGCCGAAUACGCCACUUUCAGCACCCCCGUCGCCGCUACAAUCUAUACCUACCGCAGCAGAUCGGACAAUAGAAAGUCAGUGGAAUCAUGGAAUCUACCCGGAGGCAAAUACUUCUUUUCAUCCACAGGCUUCAGCACAGUCUAUAGCGCUCCAUCCACCAAUCCCACCUGCGAGCCAGAGCAACCCAAGUAGGCCCACCAGAGCCCACCACACCAGUGCCAUGCCAGCUAUUCCUUUCCCUCAAGGUGUAUCCUCGAAUGACAAUACAGCCAACGCUGCAUCCAAAACGACCAAGCGAGGCAGGAAACCAUCCGCAGAGAAGGGCUGCAAAUGCCCGGUGUGCGGCUUCUACUUUACCAGGCGCUCGAAUUGCGUCGCACACCAGAAGAAGCAUGACCCCACUUUCCAUCGAGCGAUACCUUGUGAUGAAUGUAGCAAGUCGUUUGGAAGGAACGCAGAUCUUCGGAGACAUAUCGAUACCGUUCACCGUGGGAUUCGGAAGCACGCCUGCAAAUGGUGCAAUCGUCGUUACACUCGGUGGGAAAAUAUGGCUAAACAUUUUGCAGAAUGUGAGGAGCGGCCAGAGAAUGAGAGGACGCCCUCCCCCCCUUCGUCGUUUGUCUCAAGAUCCCGAGUACUAUUCUGUUAG